AGCAUGGCUGACGGCGAAGCUCCCGGCCACCCGCUCGCUCCCGGCAGCCUUUUAUCUGCCGGUGGCCCGGUGGAGCUGCCGGCGGGGCUAUCGGCGGGAGCCUGAUUGGCUCGGCACGGCCUCGCCGCCGCUUCCAGGUUGGCGUUCCUCCUCCCGCAGCCCAGGUAAAGCCUUCCCGCGACCCGGCACCUGGCCUCCCAGGAUUAGCAACUCGCUCCGGCUCGCCUCUUUUUUCCCUUUCCCCUCCCCUUCCUUUUUUUUUUCCCCCCCUCUUUUUUUUUUUUUUUCUUUUAUUUUUAUAUUAUUUUUAAAUAAGAAUUGUUUUCCCCCCUGGGGAGCGGGCGCAAGGGGCACGGGAGGAAUGAGCAGCGGGCUGGUGCUGCGCACCCUGCUCCCCGAGGACGCUUCGGCGUUUACGCCGCUGAAGCCCGUCACCAUGUCGGGGGAACCCGGCGAAGACACCCCCGUCUUUGAGGACAUCAAACCCCCCACCCGGUCCCUGGAAAACCCGCCCGACCUGGCGCAGCUGCACCCCAUGAGGAUGGAACAGCGGAUGCCGCCGCUCAUUCUGGAGGCACGGUCCGAAUUGGAUAAGUACCUUUCAAACGAGGUGCCACCCGUCCCAAUGAUACCAGACAAGAAGUACCGUCGGGAGAGUGCCUCAGUGGUGGAUGAGUUCUUCUCCACAGAGAAGCCCACUUCUACGCCGUACAGCGUGAACAUCAAUGUGAUUCUGCCAGACACGACGCACCUGCGCACUGGACUUUACCGGCCACCCAAACCCAUGACGCCAUUCCCACAGAUCAAAACAGAGCCUGGCACAAGCUUCGCCCAGCCCUGCUCUUCUGCCUCCGGCUCCACGCAGACCCUGCCCGACUUCACCAGUGUCUUCAGCAUGCCCCAGUCAGUGGCAGUGAACAACAUCUUCAUCAAGCAGGAGAUGCCUUCUGAGAUCCCCUUAUCCACCAAUCCACAGCAAUCCCAGCUUUACCAGAUGCCUCUUGGCAACGGAAGCGCUGACAUUACCACUCUGACAUCCUCCUCCAACAGCACCACAGCCAUCAACAGUCUCAGUGGUGUUACCAUGUCCACAGGUAACACCAUGUCCAGUGUGGUCCACAGACCUGUCCAGCCAGGGGGGCCAGUUAAGCAGUACCCACAUGUCUCCCAGGGACAGGGAAACUUCAGCCUCUCAGGGCAGUUCUACCCUGCUCCAGGGGUGAACCUGCCCCCUUCACCCCCCAACUCACAGCCUGGCAGCCCAGAAAAUCAACCUGAGCUCAUCAACACCAUCUCUCCCCCACCAUCCUAUGAAGCCACUUUUGGACUGAAGUUGGUCCAGUCGUCACAGGUCCCCCCAGUCCCCAAUGGCCUUGGAACGCUCUCCCAAGGGCACAUUGUCAUGCAGCCCCCCAAAUACAACAGACGCAACAACCCUGAGCUGGAGAAAAGGAGAAUCCAUCACUGCGAUUACCCAGGUUGCUCAAAAGUUUAUACCAAGAGCUCUCACCUGAAGGCACAUCAGAGGACUCACACAGGCGAGAAGCCCUAUAAAUGCACAUGGGAAGGCUGCGACUGGCGCUUUGCCCGCUCCGACGAGCUGACCCGGCACUAUCGGAAGCACACGGGCGCCAAGCCCUUCAAGUGCCUAGCCUGCGGCCGGUGCUUCUCCCGCUCCGACCAUCUGGCUCUCCACAUGAAGCGGCACCAAAACUAGGAGCCGCCUACGUUCGCCACUUCUCCAAGAGCAGCUGAAACUCUUUUCCGAGGGGGCCUCUCCUCUUCUCCUACGUAGGAACAAACCCAUGCUGUGAUCAACCGGCAGGGCAAGGGUGGUGGGCAAGCCCCCUCUGCAAGCCCUGUCCCCAACUGUUUCUGGUUUUCAAAGAAAUCUCAUUAAAAAAGAGUUGUAAUUACAGACUGAUCUCAUGAUGAGGCUACUGGCAGUGCUGGGGCGAUGGACCUUGGAUUCCAAAGGGCUUUCUUCCAGCAAACCUGCUAUUUAUUUGUCACUCAGGAGCAACUGUCCUUCGUGUCUCAAGCUCUUUGGGAUUUUUUUACCCCUUUCGGGGCAGUGCCUUUGGUGAGCCUGAGGAGGUUGUGACGGGUUGGUAGCCUGGCCGUGCGUGAGAGGUCUCACUUCAAACUGUCGGUGCAAUCCUCUUGGACUGCCCCAUGGUGUGGCCGUGGUACCUCUGAUGUGCGAGAACAGGAGCACGUGCCCAGGGCUGUUUGGGUUGACAAUCCCAGUCUCUGUGGGGGCAUAGAAGAAAGGGCCUAUGACAUACUCACCUGACGUGCCUUCAAGCAAGGGACAGCACAAAAGCAGAUGACAAAAGCCAUCAUCUGUGUCCCCUUAAGCCCACCUGCGGUUUCCUGGCAGCCAGCUCACUCGGGGCUGCGAAUAUCUGCCCUUCUUGGCCAGGUUCUUUGGUCGUGUCCUUAGCAUUUCUGCUUCCAAGAUGAAUUUUGACUUCAGGUGUCUCUGGGAGGACCGACAUGGGUCUUGAAGCCACCCAGAGGACUGCAAAAAAGCCACUGAUAAAGCUCUGGUUUCCCAGAACACACUGUGCCUUUCUCCAAAAAGCACUGGGCAGGGUCUGCUCAUGCCUUGAACAUGCACACAAGGAAUCAGUCACCGCCAAUCACACCGGUCUUUUGCUGUUGCCAUUUCAUCACAUUCAGACAGAAAAGAAAAAAAGAAAAAAGCAUCUUUGAAAAAAAUUCCAAUAAAUCCCGCUGUUCAGAUUGUAAUCAUGUUACCUACCUCACAGGUUCACUGCCUCGGGCUCCAUAAGGCACCUUCCCUCUUCUGUGGGGUGCCGUGACGCGUGGGGCACAUCAGCCAUUCUUCAAAGUCUACCGGGGGUUAAACUUAGGCAGAACAAGAACCAGGCCAUGCCAGUUUAAACAGCAGCUGUGCAGGUAAUAAAUAAAUCAGGAGCAAAUAAUGGGCCCAGUGUGUUCAACAGAAUAUUGAUUUCCCCCACACCGUCCUCCUCUUUUAUUCUUUCUCGAACAAAUUUAAGUAACGCGCAGGCUGAUGCGCAUCUGCAGCGUGAACUGAAAGGCCACGCCAAACCGCGGCAUCUUCAGGCGGUGGAAAUUUGAAGGCCACCCCUCUCUGCUAUUGCCAAACCGCACAUUAGCCGAAAACCGUAGCUGGGUUCCUGGUUGUCCUUUGCCUUGGAUAAAUAAAACUGAUCACACCUGCGGUGCACGUAGCUGGUCUGGUGUGACAGGAGAGGAGGGCAGGAAGGAUUCGAGGGGGGUGAGGUGUGUGUGCUGUGGUGUAGGCUUUGGGAUGGAUGAUGUGCCCGGGGCUGGCGGUGCAGCGCUGCAGUGAACCCUUCGUGUGGCUCUUUGGCAAGAAGCCUCCUCUUUUCUCCAUGCCACCAGGGAGGGUGGGAAUGGAGGGGUGAAGUCAGGCCACUGAAUUGCUGGGAGCCGGCUUGGGUGACUUUCCCCAACAGUGUGUGGCUUUCCAGACCUCAGCACUGGGGUCUUUGCCUGGCUGGAGGGUUUGAUGACGGCAUCCUCUUGACACCGCGUUCAACGGAGGAUUGGAGAGCCUGGCUCUUAAAUCAGCUUUUGCUGACCAUGUGUAUGUCCUCCAUGUUCUUUUUCCAACUCUUUCCUUGCUUGUCGUCACAGCUCGCUGGGGAUCGGCAGGUGCUGGUGCAAAUGGGCUCGUUUGCCAUCUGCCUUGUUGGCUGUGGGGUCUGGCUCGUCUUCAGGGCAGAGAGCAGGACCUUGCCAAUGCCACCACUGCGACCUGGGCUCCUCCUUUUUCCCACCUCACCUUGGAGGUUGGGUUGAGCUAUAUGAGUGAGUAGGGCAUGCAGUGCCAUCUUCCCCCCAAAAAUGGGGGGGUAGGAAUGGUGCAUGGCCUGAAGCCUCCACGCAGGGGACAGUUUUACCUCUUGCUUCUGCUUUGAGAUGGAUCUGGAGAGCCUCAGGGAAGGUCUCUGAUGAUGGAAAAACCCCUCGGA